CGUACCGAGCUUUUUACAGUUUCGCAGGGGCAACAUGGAUUCUACAUGGAUGCUUCUUUUUCUUGUAGUCUCGUUUGGAGUGGAAUCCCAUCAGCUUAUGAAUGAAGGUUUGUCCAUACCGCCGGACGCUGGCAAAGUCCUGGAAUUCUUCGAACAUACCAUUCUGAAACCGUUAGAAAACAUGGAAACUACCAAUGAUUUUGCUACUUUACUUCACGACGUUUUUGUUACACUGAAAUCUUCUUCGUUUCCAACCGCCGUGGCCACCAACAUCAGCGAAAAAUGUCUAAAUGAUAGCCAGUUUUACGUUCAUAAUCUGUACACUAAUCGGAGCUUGUGGGCCUUGCAAAUGCAAGAGUCAUCCGGUCAGCUACCACCAGGAUUGUUUGGAUCUUUCAACGUACAAGCAGACGGAUUGUUUGACGAAUGCCAGGCCGUUCAGGCACCUGAUUUUAAGGGGCAGUACUGCAGAGUCUUUUUCAAAACUGCACCAGUCGACCAAUCGGAACUACUUCCACCGGAAUCGCACAACGAACGAAGCAAUUACAUAACACUUUUCCAAAUCCUAGGCGAAUUUUUAGGAUCAGAUCGCGUCGAACCGAAAUUAUCUGAAGCAAAUUCAUACACUUACUUGUUGCCCAGCAUCAGUUUUUGCAUUCCUUCAUCUUGUAGUGCUGAUGAUGUCGGUCAUGCCGUUGCUGAACUUGUUGGGACAUACGUCAUCGCCAAUAAAUCUAUCGUGACCGUGACAGACGAACAGUAUUGCUUCAAAGAGAAUAAUGAUCCACCACCUUUCGAUGGCGCCACCAUAACAGUCAUAGUGGUGUUGAGCGUUAUUGGCUUACUGGUUGUCUUGGCGACUAUUCACGAAGCUUGGCGAAUAUUUUUUGGCGUUCCUUUUGACAGCCAGUUGGACGACUUCAAAAUACGUGCAUUGCAUUGCUUCUCGGCUAUAACCAAUGGAAGAAAAAUCAUUUCGAUGAAAGUCAGUGUUUCGUCAGCGAACGAUAAUAUCGGCUGCAUUCAUGGUAUCCGCUUUUUCUCCACUUGUUGGGUUGUUUUGGCACAUAGUUGGAGCUUUUUAGGUUCUAAAACUAUGAAUCCAAGAGCAGUUCUGAUGGAUGCUUAUGGUUGGGUUAUGCAACCUAUUACCAAUGGAUCCGUUUCAGUUGACACGUUUUUCUUGAUGAGCGGCUUGCUUGUCUCUUUCCUUCUUCUCCGCGAACUGGACAACAACAAAGGAAAGUUCAACAUCGGUCUCUACUAUUUGCAUCGAUAUUUACGAUUGACGAUCGUAUACGCUUUCAUCCUUGGCUCCAUUGCAACUCUAAUAGUUUACCUCGGAACGGGCCCUAAUUGGUACACUGUAACUCAAUAUUCAAAUGCUUGCCGUAUCGCUUGGUGGAGGAACUUUCUCUACAUUAAUAAUCUCUUUCCGUACGACUCCCGUUACGCAUGCGUAACGCAAUCGUGGUAUCUGGCAGCUGAUACCCAGCUUUUCAUCAUCGCCCCGCUACUGGUUUAUCCACUCUGGCGCUGGAAAAAAUUUGGACUUGCAUUUUUGGCCUUUGUUGCAUUUGCCUGUCACGCUUUUAUCUUCUACCUUUACGCUAGAGAUGAUCUACCCCCCAGUUACUUCUUCACACGACCUGACAGCCAUACCUAUGAAACAUCAGAUAGCUACUUUAAUAACUAUUAUUACAAACCGUGGACUCGAGCGCCACCUUACAUGGUAGGCAUCUGGACGGGCUGGUAUUUACACGUCACCAAGCAUUCUUCAUUUCGACUGUCAAAACUUGUAGUCAGUUUAGGAUGGACGCUUUCUACUACUGUUGGUCUGGCGGUUGUUUAUGGUUUGGCACCCUACGUUGAUCAACGUGAAGUACCCGAGAUAAGUCCGGCUGUAAAGAUGACCUAUGGUCCUCUAAGUCGAACUGCAUGGGCCUGCGUAAUAGCCUGGAUCAUCUUUGCCUGUUCCCAUGGCUAUGGAGGUUUUGUUAACAAUAUCCUGUCAUGGAAGGGAUUUUUACCAUUAGGCCGUAUAACUUAUUGCGUUUACUUGAUCCAUUACGAUUACAUCAACCUCUUCUAUUCCGCCAUGCGCAAGCAAUAUUAUUACACAUUAUUUGGACAGCUAACCAUUUACUUCGGUAUCCUCGUCAUUGUUUUCGGAUUGGCUUUUGGGAUCUCUGUUUGUUUUGAGGCAUCUUUCCUCAAUUUAGAAAAGCUUCUGUUUUCUUGGAAACCAAAAAGUACAUCACAUGGACAAACAGGUGCACCUUCAGUUACUGACAGCAAGAGAGUUUAAGCACGCAAAACACACUAUAUCUGAAACUAAACAAGAUAUGUUUUUAGGAUUUUGAUGCGACACAAAAGACAAAAUACA